UCUCAUGGGAUUUAGGAGGUUAGGAGUAGGAGCUGCUGCAGUGAGGUGCUCCCAUCAACCUAGCUAUCUGCAAGUUGUGCAGAGGGCUACAGGCCCACAACUUUGCUGGGUUGUCAGCUGUGCUAGGGUGGGUACUGGGGUGUGUAAGGGGUAGGUGCUGGGGUGGGUGCUGGAGUGGAGUGGGGGUGGGUGCUGGGGUGGGUGUUGGGGUAUAUAAGGGGUAGGUGCUGGAGUGGAGUGGGGGUGGGUGCUCGUGAAGGUGUGGGGUGGGUGCUGGGGUGGGUGUUGGGGUGUGUAAGGGGUGCUACUAAAGAAUGAGCAAACUCUACAUUUGUGUGAGAGUGUCAAGAGGGACAGAGGAAUCCCCUGAAAAAACACCCAAAGGCUAAAGCUAGACAAUCCGAGUGAUAAACUAAAUCACAUAGUGAUAGACGGGAGUCCAAAAUAUGAAAUAAAUACCUGUGGGUUCACAGUGCAGUAAAUAAAUGAUAGAUUAAAUACUGAAGUAGGUAAAAAAUAUUCCAAAGCUGAUGAGAUGAUUCAGCAGGCCAAGGUGCUUGCUGCUAAGUCUGAUGACCUGGGUUUCAUCCCCAGGACCCAAAGGACAAAACCGACUGUGAAAAGUUAUCAUCUGACCUACACACAUGGGCCCUGGCAUAUUCUCUCAUGUAUGCGUGUGCAUGUGCACACACGUGCCAAUAAAUAAAACAAAAAUUAAAAAAAAAGAAUUCCAAAUAAUGUAUGUAAAUGCUUCACCCUCCAGGAAGAAACGCACAAAUCCCCACUCCUUGAGCAAGAACAGGGUGGUAGAAAAGAAGAAAUGCUAUUUUACAGUGGAAAAAACCCGACAAAUCCUCAACCAAGAGAUGAAAGGCAAUGACGAGCCCUGUGUUGAUACUAUGCCCCUUUGAUACGACAUGACCACUUCACCCCCAGAAACUCAAAGAUCCGGUCUAAACAUGACCAAAACCACCAGGAAAAUUCCAGUAGAGAGACAUCCUAUAAAAUAUUAGAGCAGUGCUCCUUAAAAUCGCCAAGGUCACCUGAGCAAGGAAAUCCUGAGGAACUUGUAGCUAAAAGGAGCCCAAAGGAGCACAACAGCUAAAUGUACUUAUGUGUGUGUGUGGGGGGGGGGGGUCUGUGGAAAGGAGACACAGGGAAGACAGAUGAAAUCUGAAUAAGCGAUGGUCUUUAACCCUAGCACUCACCCCAGCACCCACCCCCACAUCCACCUCUGCACCGACUCCAGCACCCACCCGAGCACAUACAGGGUGCAGUUUAAUCACACUGGUCAACAGUGGUUCAUAAGUUCCAGGAAAUGAGCCAUGCUAAUGUCAGGUGAAACCAAUAGGUCAACCUGGAUGCAGGGUAGAUGGAAACUCUCUGUGCUAUCCAAAACUAUUUUAAAAAUAAAGUCUUGUUUUCUUUUUUGAAAAGACUUUUUCAUGUGUAUGUGUGUGAGCUGCAUGAGUUCAUGUGCACCACGUGAGUGCAGGAGCCUGCAGAGGCCAGAAGAGGGCGCUGGGUAUCCUGGAAUGGGAGUUUUAAGCAGUUGUGAGCUGCUAUAUUGGUGCUGGGAACUGAACCCAGGCCCUCUGCAAGAGCAGUAAGCACUCAGCCACCCAGUCUUCUCUCCCAUCCCAGAUAAAAUCUUUUCUUAAAGUGCUAUUUCUUUCAGCUAAGAAUGAAUUCACAGGAGCUGGUAACUUGGGGAGUGCCAUUAGGAGCGCCAGCCAUUGCUGCAUUUCCACUGGCCCAUUGCCCUGGCAGUAAGGAAACCCAGCCAGGAACUAUCAGCCUCAUCUUUGACAUCUACACAAGUAUCGGAAUGAAGGCCAGGCUGCCAAGCAGCGCUGGGUCCUGGAAGACGGGAGACAUUUCUUCCUGAAACUGUGGAAACAAAUCCAUCUUCAAGGAAGACCUCAUCCCUGCAAGGAGAGUGUGCCAAAAGCCCCACGUCACUGUUCAGUCAGGAAGUCUGGCUGCUCGGGGUCCCUGCAACCCAGAAAAGCCCAUACAUCUCCACAAUGACCUCAAAACUUCCCCCAAAGUGUCUCCUCUGUGCCUGCAGCUUUUGGAAUUUCCACAAUUUGGGAAAGAACAGCUUUAUUAGAAGUAAAUUAUCUGCCUGAUAUGGAGUUGACCAUCCAUGCCUUAUUUUGGGGAAAUAAUGUCUAGUUUCGCUCUCUUGUUAACUUAAUUCCUCGGGUAGCGGAGUUAACCUGGCAAUAUAUAGAAUGUCUGUUUAUGUUCACAUUAUUUUGAGCUUCUAAUCUUCCAGGGGCUGAAAAUUUGAGCUAUGCCUUGCAGUUUCAAUGCUCCUAUUGUAACAGCAGAUGUACUCCCAACCCACUCACCAUUUGUUUGUGGGGUGGUAUUUCAUUUGGCACUUGCCGUGGGUAAACCGAUGGUGUUUAAGUCACUUUCGACAUAUGUAAAAAUGUGUUUACACUUACGGGGCACUAUUUUAUAAAGCAAAUGUUUGUAUACAAACUCCGCAACAUUUGCCUUUUGUUGAGCUACAGACAAUUGCAGCCGUGUUCCGUUUCCCAGCUGAAAAUGGGGAGGACGAAAGGCCUGGAGCUUUGCGUGUGCUUAGGUCACAAUUUCUUAAACCUGCCCAUUCACAAAAACUUCAAUGUGUCUCUCCUGGAGCAGCCAGCACUGAGAAACCAAUGACAAGACCAGGAGUUUAAGGCCCAGCCUUGUCACAGCCUCGAGGCUUCCUAAAUUUCCCCACCUGUAGAAUGAGAAAGGCCAUAAAAAUAGAGUAUAAGGGUCUUCAUGCUCCUAAUCCCUUCUGUGACCCUGUGACCUGCUCUCUAGGAUCGGGGUAACUGUCUGUGUCCUGGAGCACAUGCGUGAAAAGUCACAUGAGCCUCAUUGUGUGUGUGUGUGUGUGUGUGUGUGUGUGUGUGUGUGUGCUGGGAGGAGGGGAGGCCCCAGAACAAUGUCCUGCCUCCAAACCUCCUCAAUAGGCGGAAACUACUGGCUUCCUCCCUUUCCUGUCUCCGGUGCUCCAGCAAAACAGAUGGAAAGGACAGAGGGGAUGGGAGAAACCAGUUCAAUCAUCCCCAGGUCUGUCCUUGUCAUAACACACACACAUACACACACACACACACACCUCAAGUGGCCCCCUUCCAGGAACUUCCCAGACACACCCAUCCCCAGGCUGUGGGGGCUGGGCUUGGGAGGACGAUAGGGUGGGAAGCAGAAUGAGGCUUUCACCCCUCACCCCUCCCACCCCAGCCAUCAUUUCCUCUUCCUCCCCAGCACCAAAGCACACUAAGCCUAACAGGCUGGGCACUCAGACCGACAGCAACUGACCCCAGGCCCAGCUGGCCUUGGCUGGCCCGGAUCAGCCUCCGGAGUAUGGUCUGGUGGGGGUCCCCUUUCCUACUCCCCGUUCUCUUCUUGGCCUCUCAUGUUGGUGCAGCUGUGGACUUGACUCUGCUGGCCAACCUGCGCAUCACGGACCCCCAGCAUUUCUUCCUGACUUGCGUGUCUGGUGAGGCCGGGGCAGGGAGGGGCUCAGACGCCUGGGGCCCACCCCUGCUGCUGGAGAAGGAUGACCGCAUCGUGCGCACCUUCCCACCUGGGCAGCCCCUGCACUUGGCACGCAAUGGCUCACACAAGGUCACGCUGCAUGGCUUCUCCAAGCCCUCGGAUUUGGUAGGCGUCUUCUCCUGCGUGGGUGGCGCUAGCACGCGGCGUACUCGAGUCCUCUAUGUGCACAACAGCCCGGGGGCCCACCUGUUUCCAGACAAGGUCACACACACGGUGAACAAAGGUGACACAGCUGUGCUUUCUGCACGUGUGCACAAGGCAAAGCAGACGGAUGUGAUAUGGAAAAACAAUGGAUCCUACUUCCAUACCCUAGAUUGGCACGAGGCCCAUGAUGGGCGGUUUCAACUGCAGCUCCAAAACGUGCAGCCACCAUCCAGUGGCAUCUACAGUGCCACCUACCUAGAAGCCAGCCCCCUGGGCAGUGCCUUCUUUCGGCUCAUCGUGCGGGGCUGUGGGGCUGGACGCUGGGGGCCAGGGUGUGGCAAGGAUUGCCCAGGCUGCCUGCACGGAGGUGUCUGUCAUGACCAUGAUGGCGAAUGUGUGUGCCCCCCGGGAUUCACUGGUACCCGCUGUGAGCAGGCCUGCAGAGAGGGUCGUUUUGGGCAGAGCUGCCAGGAACAGUGCCCAGGCACAGCAGGCUGCCGGGGUCUCACCUUCUGCCUCCCAGAUCCCUAUGGCUGUUCUUGUGGAUCCGGCUGGAGGGGAAACCAGUGCCAGGAAGCUUGUGCCCCUGGUCAUUUUGGGGCUGAUUGCCGCCUCCAGUGCCAGUGUCAAAAUGGUGGCACUUGUGACCGGUUCAGCGGCUGUGUCUGCCCCUCUGGAUGGCAUGGAGUACAUUGUGAGAAGUCAGACCGGAUCCCCCAGAUCCUCAAUGUGGCCACUGAACUGGAGUUCAACUUAGGGACAAUGCCUCGGAUCAACUGUGCAGCUGCGGGGAAUCCCUUCCCAGUACGGGGCAGCAUGGAGCUCCGCAAACCAGAUGGCACCAUGCUCCUGUCUACCAAGGCAAUUGUGGAGCCAGACAGAACCACAGCUGAGUUUGAGGUGCCCCGUUUGACUCUUGGGGACAGCGGAUUCUGGGAAUGCCGCGUAUCCACGUCCGGAGGCCAAGAUAGCCGGCGCUUCAAGGUCAACGUGAAAGUACCCCCAGUGCCUCUGACUGCUCCUCGGCUCCUGGCCAAGCAGAGCCGUCAGCUUGUGGUCUCUCCGUUGGUCUCCUUUGAUGGGGAUGGACCCAUCUCCUCUGUCCGCCUGCACUAUCGGCCUCAGGACAGCCUGAUUGACUGGUCUGCUAUCGUGGUGGAUCCCAGUGAGAAUGUGACGUUAAUGAACCUGAAGCCAAAGACAGGAUACAGUGUUCGUGUGCAGCUGAGUCGGCCCGGGGAAGGAGGAGAGGGAGCCUGGGGGCCUCCUACCCUUAUGACUACUGACUGUCCUGAGCCUUUGCUGCAGCCGUGGCUAGAAGGCUGGCAUGUGGAGGGUCCUGACAGGCUACGAGUGAGCUGGUCCCUACCCUCGGUGCCACUGUUGGGUGAUGGUUUCCUGCUACGCCUGUGGGACGGGGCCCGGGGACAGGAGAGGCGGGAGAACAUCUCAUCCCCCCAGGCCCGCACUGCCCUCCUGACUGGACUCACGCCUGGCACCCACUACCAGCUGGAUGUGCGGCUUUAUCACUGCACCCUCCUGGGCCCUGCCUCACCCCCUGCGCAUGUGCUUCUGCCCCCGAGCGGGCCUCCAGCUCCCCGGAACCUCCGCGCCCAGGCCCUCUCAGACUCUGAGAUCCAGCUGACCUGGCAGCAUCCUGAGGCUCCAUCUGGUCCUAUAUCUAAGUACAUUGUGGAGAUUCAGGUGGCCGGGGGCUCAGGAGACCCCAAGUGGAUGGAUGUAGACAGGCCUGAGGAGACAAGCACCAUCGUCCGUGGCCUCAAUGCCAGCACACGCUACCUCUUCCGGGUGCGGGCCAGUGUGCAGGGUCUCGGCGACUGGAGCAACACAGUAGAAGAGGCCACCCUGGGCAAUGGGCUACAGAGUGAGGGCCCAGCCCAAGAAAGCCGGGCGGCUGAAGAGGGCCUGGAUAAGCAACUGGUCCUGGCUGUGGUGGGCUCCAUCUCUGCCACGUGUCUCACCAUCCUGGCUGCGCUUUUAGCCCUGGUGUGCAUCCGGCGAAGCUGUCUCCAUCGGAGACGCACCUUCACCUACCAGUCAGGAUCGGGCGAGGAGACAAUCCUGCAGUUCAGCUCAGGAACCUUGACAUUGACCCGGCGGCCAAAGCCACAGCCUGAGCCCCUGAGCUAUCCUGUGCUGGAGUGGGAGGACAUCACCUUUGAGGACCUCAUCGGGGAGGGGAACUUCGGCCAAGUCAUCCGGGCCAUGAUCAAGAAGGACGGGCUCAAGAUGAAUGCAGCCAUCAAGAUGCUAAAAGAGUAUGCUUCUGAAAAUGACCAUCGCGACUUUGCAGGCGAAUUGGAAGUCCUGUGCAAACUGGGACACCACCCCAAUAUCAUCAACCUCUUGGGAGCCUGUGAGAACCGAGGUUACUUGUAUAUUGCUAUCGAAUAUGCCCCUUAUGGAAACCUACUCGAUUUCCUGAGAAAGAGCAGGGUCCUGGAGACUGAUCCAGCAUUUGCUCGAGAGCAUGGAACAGCCUCCACCCUCAGCUCCCGGCAGCUGCUGCGCUUUGCCAGUGAUGCAGCCAAUGGCAUGCAGUACCUGAGUGAGAAGCAGUUCAUCCACAGGGACCUGGCUGCCCGCAAUGUGCUGGUUGGAGAGAACCUGGCCUCCAAGAUCGCAGACUUUGGCCUUUCUCGGGGGGAGGAAGUAUACGUGAAGAAGACGAUGGGCCGUCUCCCUGUGCGUUGGAUGGCCAUUGAGUCUCUCAACUACAGUGUCUACACCACCAAGAGUGACGUCUGGUCCUUCGGUGUCCUCCUGUGGGAGAUAGUGAGCCUUGGUGGCACACCCUACUGUGGCAUGACCUGUGCCGAACUCUACGAGAAGUUGCCUCAGGGCUACCGUAUGGAGCAGCCUCGAAACUGUGACGAUGAAGUGUACGAACUGAUGAGGCAGUGCUGGCGGGAUCGUCCCUAUGAGCGCCCCCCAUUUGCCCAGAUCGCACUGCAGUUGGGCCGCAUGCUAGAAGCCAGGAAGGCCUAUGUGAACAUGUCAUUAUUUGAGAACUUCACCUAUGCGGGCAUUGACGCCACAGCUGAAGAGGCCUGAGUUGCCCACACACUGGAACCUGGCUCUGCUGGCCAGAGCAAACCCUCCCACGUGUCUGUGACUUCGGGCCCUUCUAACCACAAGACCCAAGCUGUCUCAAGAAAAUCUUUUAACUCAGAGGAAAAAAGAAGAGAACCAAGAAACACGGGCUGAGGGAAACAGGGGUCCCCGUUCUUGGCAGCUGCUCUCAGGGCCACCCUCUUUAUCCUUCCUUCCCGCUCAUUCUGUUCCUCGACGUGUGUGCUCCCCAUUCUUCUGCUCCCUACACCCAAACCCCACUUCUGAUCCCCCACCAAAAGCAGAAUGCAUGCCACUAACACCCCGCUUAGCCACCCCCACUCUCUGCUUGACCUCAGUAAAAAUAAAUAUGCUGAGUAGCCAGC